AUUGGCCGGGGAGCAAGGAAGCCUGCAUUCGCUACCUCUGUUGUCUCCAUUCUGUUGAUAAAUAGAGCACUUCAGUCUCCAGGGCUGUUCAAUUUGUCCCUUUUCACCAGCAUUGCAUUAACCUCAGAAGAAGGAGCCUGUAGUGUCUGGCAGCUGUUUCUCUGUGUUAUGUGAAGUGAGUUUUCUGUUGUCAGAUGAGUGUUUCCCUAGGUCAGACCGCUCUCCAUAUUGCCAUCGAGAGGAGGAAUAUGUACUUGGUGAAGCUCUUGGUCCAAAAUGGAGCAGACGUUCAUGCGAGAGCCCACGGGGAGUUCUUCAGAAAAAUCAAAGGGAAACCUGGCUUUUAUUUUGGUGAACUGCCUCUUUCCCUGGCUGCCUGCACCAACCAGCUAGGCAUCGUGAAAUUCCUCCUCGAGAAUCGGUAUCAUCCAGCCAAUAUAGCUGGCCAGGACUCUAUGGGCAAUACAGUUCUGCACGCCCUUGUGGAGAUUGCAGAUAACACCAAAGAUAACACCAAGUUUGUAACAAAGGUGUAUAACAACAUUUUGAUCCUUGGUGCCAAAAUUAAUCCGAUGCUGAAGCUGGAAGAGAUCACUAACAAGAAAGGACUGACUCCUUUAACCCUGGCUGCAAAGAAAGGGAAGAUAGGGAUUUUCGCCUAUAUCCUUAGACGAGAGAUCAAAGAGCCUGAGUGUAGGCAUCUGUCUAGGAAGUUCACCGAAUGGGCCUAUGGACCCGUCCACUCAUCUCUUUAUGACCUGUCCUCCAUAGACACGUGUGAGAAAAACUCAGUGCUUGAGAUCAUUGCGUAUAGCAGCAAAACACCAAAUCGCCAUGAGAUGCUGCUGGUAGAGCCCCUGAACAGGCUGCUGCAGGACAAGUGGGACCGAUUCGUCAAACGCCUAUUUUACUUCAAUUUCUUUGUUUAUGCUAUGCACAUUAUCAUACUCACCAUGGCCGCCUACUUCAGACCUGUGGAGAAACAUGGAAAGCCUCCCUUCAAAUUUGAAUACACCACCGAGGAGUGUUUUCGUGUCAUUGGAGAGAUCCUGAGUGUGCUGGGAGGUCUCUAUUUCUUUUUCAGAGGGAUACAAUAUUUCGUGCAGAGGCGGCCCUCAUUGAAGACUCUGCUAGCUGACAGUUACAGUGAGGUUCUUUUCUUUGUUCACUCGCUGUUCCUGUUGAGUUCAGUGGUGCUGUACUUCUGUGGCCAGGAACUCUAUGUGGCAUCCAUGGUGUUCUCCUUGGCACUGGGAUGGGCUAACAUGCUGUACUACACCCGAGGCUUCCAGCAGAUGGGGAUUUACUCUGUCAUGAUUGAGAAGAUGAUCCUGAGGGAUUUAUGUCGCUUCAUGUUUGUCUACCUAGUAUUUCUCUUGGGAUUUUCUACAGCUGUGGUGACUCUGAUUGAAGAUGACUAUGAGGGACAUGAAAAUGACAGCUGUCUCUGCACCCGAUCAGGCCAGCUGAAGUGUGGCCGCACAUCAUACAACAGUCUGUAUUACACCUGCCUGGAGCUGUUUAAGUUCACCAUUGGCAUGGGAGAUCUAGAGUUUACUGAGAACUACAGGUUUAAGUCUGUCUUUGUCAUCCUGUUGGUCCUCUACGUCAUCCUUACCUACAUUCUCCUGCUCAACAUGCUGAUUGCGCUGAUGGGGGAAACUGUGAACAAGAUCGCACAAGAGAGUAAGAGCAUCUGGAAACUCCAGAGAGCCAUCACCAUCUUGAAUAUCGAAAACAGCUACCUGAACUGCAUGAUAAGCUCAUUCCGAUCCGGGAAGCGAGUCUUAGUGGGAACCACACCUGAUGACAAGGACGAUUACAGAUGGUGUUUCAGAGUCGAUGAGGUGAACUGGUCCACAUGGAACACUAAUCUGGGUAUAAUCAACGAGGAGCCUGGAUACAGCAUGGGCUUGAAGCGAAACUCAAGUUUUUCUUUUAAGUCUAGCAGAGUUUCAGGGAAAAACUGGAAGACCUUGGUUCCACUUUUGAGAGAUGGGAGCAGGCGAGAAGAGGCACAGAAACAGCCAGAAGAAGCCAAGUUAAAACCCAUUUUGGAACAUGAUUAUGAGCCUGACGACUCUGGGGCAAGGAAGUCUGUUUAGUUUUUUUUGUUUGUUGAAUAUAAUUGUUCUUAAGAAGAAGGUUAAUUAUAAUUGUUUUUAAGUGUAUUGUCUGUGUUCACAGACAAUGGACUUGGAGCUCUUUAUGAGAACAGAGCAUUAUGGCAAAAGGGCUGAGGAAGUUACUGUAUGUAAUGAUUCAUUAAAUAUGCUAAGUAAACAGCUUGUUAGUUAAGACCAUGUUUCCAUAAAUUGGCCAUUAUGCCUCCAUUACUGGUUAGAUAUCUACCUCCAAUCAACCACACUAGAAGGCUCUCUCUUGAGCU